AGAUGCUCUAAAUAUAGCAUUUAACUGCUUCCAUAAACCUCAACUUAAAACACAAAACCUCUCUCUCUCUUCUUGGAUAUGGCCUAUACUUACCGUUUAGCCGCUCUUAUAGUACUCCUCUCCGCCACCGGUUUCUCCUCCGCUGCGUCGGUCGAGCAUAAACUGCUGAAGUUCAACGGCACUCUCUCCAAAGGAAACAUCAGUCUCAAUAUCAGCCUUUCAGUCCAAAAAAACAUCAAUCUCAAUAUCGUUUGGUACGGAAACUUCAAACCAAUCCAACGUGCCGUCAUCGUCGACUUCAUCCGCUCUCUCAACUCCCCCGCCGCCGCAAAAGGUCCCUCGGUCGAGUCGUGGUGGAAGACGUACACUGGCGGCGCGUCAACGAUCGUCCUCGGUAAACAGCUCCUCCUCGAGGACUACCCUCUCGGAAACUCCUUAAAAAAUCCCCACCUCCGAGCUCUGUCAGGCAAACUUAACGGAGGUGGUGUUGGGUUGAUAACCGCCGUUUUGACGGCGAAAGACGUGAGCGUUGACCGGUUUUGCAUGAACCGGUGCGGGACCCACGGGUCGAAGUCAAGCUCCGUGGACGGUGGAGCAUACCUUUGGGUUGGAAACUCUAAAAAGCAGUGUCCUGGCUACUGCGCGUGGCCGUUUCAUCAGCCGUUAUACGGACCUCAGACUCCGCCGUUGAUUGCACCUAACGGUGACGUCGGAGUUGACGGUAUGAUUAUAAACCUAGCGACGCUACUGGUUAACACCGUGACGAAUCAAGAAGCCGUCUCGACAUGUACUGGGAUGUUCGGGUCCGGUGCUUACCCGGGUUACCCGGGUCGGGUUCUCGUGGACAAGACUACCGGAGCGAGUUACAAUGCUUUGGGUCUCGCCGGUAGGAAAUAUCUUUUACCAGCUAUGUGGGACCCUCAAACUUCGAAGUGUAAGACUUUGGUUUAAAAGAGUCGUGGCAAGAGUGACUUGGGAGACGAAUAAAGUUGUAGAUAUAUAUCCCGUCUGGUUCGGGGAUUCUCUGUGAAAAUGUUUCUUUUUGUUGUUUUGUAUGGUAUGUGAAGAAUAAUAAAACCGAUUUUUA